CCUGCACUCAUGCACACACUCUUCUGGUAGGUAAACCUAUCUGACAUUUAACUCUUGCUGAAUUUCUGUCUGGUGGUCUAAGGUGUGCGUGCAUGCAUGCGUGUCUGUGCGUGCGUGUGGCCAUGUGACAGGCCGUCCGGAGUUGUCCAGCCUCCUGUUUUUUUUUUUUUGGUUUUUUUUUUGACUCCCUUGCAGUUGCAUGGAUCGUAUUACUGGCUUGCUCUCCCCGCACCGCUGAGCCCACCGCCUCUGCACCAAUCACAGCCUGCCUCUACCUACGCGCACAUGCAUGCACGAACGCACAGACACAGACCCUGACGUAUACACACACACACACACACACACACACACACAGAGAUACACGGCGAUCCGUCGCUCCCGUUCUCCGCUGCCUUCACAUGCGUCCCCACCGACUCAGCGGAGCGCAGGCAGCGCCAAGAUGAGCGGUCGCCCCGGUACCAUUUGAACGUCUCACCGCCUGACUGACCCAGAGCCGGGGGAGAGAGAGAGAGAGAGAGAGAGAGAGAGAGAGAGAGAACCCAUCUUCCCUCCGCUUGGAAGAGACCGCAACGCAAGCCGUUUCUUACGGCAUCUUUUCUUUUUUUUUCCACCCCCCCCUCCUCUCCUCCCGUUCUUGCUGCAUCCCUCCGUUGCUGUCGGUCUCCCGCUCUAAAGGAGAAACCGGAGAGCCCGGUCGUGAUUUUGUGGAAAUACAUUUUGGCAUUUUUUUUUUCCUGCUGGGUGUUGGUAGCGCGCAGUUGGUGCGCGCUUUUGCAAAUUCCGGUGAAUGGUGGAUUUGGCAAACAUGGAGACCGUGGAGAAGGAAUGCGGGGCCCUCGGGGGUCUAUUCCAGGCGAUUGUCAACGACAUGAAGUGCUCCUAUCCUGUGUGGGAGGACUUCAGUGCCAAGGCCACCAAGCUGCAUUCCCAGCUUCGAACCACAGUUCUGGCUGCUGUGGCCUUCCUGGAUGCCUUUCAGAAGGUGGCAGACAUGGCUACCAACACCAGAGGGGCGACCAGAGAUAUCGGUUCAGCUCUGACCAGGAUGUGCAUGAGGCAUCGCAGCAUUGAGGCCAAACUUCGCCAGUUCACCAAUGCUUUGAUGGAGAGUCUGAUCACUCCUCUCCAGGACAAGAUUGAGGACUGGAAGAAGACAGCCAACCAGCUGGAUAAGGAUCAUGCCAAAGAGUACAAGAGGUCACGCCACGAGAUCAAGAAGAAGUCAUCUGACACCAUGAAACUACAGAAGAAGGCUCGUAAAGAGAUGCUGGGGCGAGGGGACCUGCAGCCUCAGCUGGACAGUGCCAUGCAGGAUGUGACUGACAUGUGCCUGUUGAUGGAAGAGACAGAGAAGCAGGCAGUGCGCCGGGCCCUUGUGGAGGAGAGGGGUCGCUUCUGCACCUUCAUCGGCUUCCUUCAGCCUGUCGUGAACGGAGAGAUCGCCAUGCUGGGAGAGAUCACCCACCUCCAGGCCAUCAUUGAUGACCUCACUGUGCUGACAACCGAUCCUCACAAACUGCCCCCAGCUAGUGAACAGGUGAUUAAGGAUCUGAAGGGGUCAGAUUACAGUUGGUCCUACCAGACCCCUCCUUCAUCCCCAAGCAGCUCUGGCUCCCGCAAGAGCAGCAUGUGCAGCAGCGUCAACAGCGCCCACAGUAGUGCCUCCCGUUCGUCAGGGGGAGGCGGUAGUGGUGGUAUUAGUGGCGGUGGUGGAGGCUCCCAGCCUCACUCACCCACCUCAUCCUCCUCCUCCUCCUAUCGCUACCGCAGCAGCCUGCCACACCAGCCUCCACCACUGGGGGGCAUCGCGGCACACCGCCUCAGCAGCGUCUCCUCCCACGAUUCGGGCUUCGUGUCCCAGGAUGCAAACAUCUACUCCAAGCCCCCCUCGCCCAUGCCCUCGGACAUCACUAGCCAGAAGUCAUCCAGUUCAGCAUCGUCAGAGGCCUCAGAAACAUGCCAGUCAGUCAGUGAAUGCAGCUCCCCCACCACUUUUGGCACGUCCUUCGCUACCUUCCGCCCCACUCUCUCUCACUCUGGCUCCACCAGGCCUCUCUCUGUCAUUCUUCCUGUUCCUGCGUCCCCACCCUAUAACUGCCCCCCCGGAUCCAGCUCCACCUCUCCCACAUCAAAGGUUCCUAUCUGGAAGGAUUGGUCAAAAGCAGGUCAGUAUGAGCAGCCGGUGGCUGCAGCGGCAGUUCAGAGGAGAAAGGAACCUCUCGAUAGACUGAGAGAGAACGAGGCGUCGCCGGGAUCCCAGGGAUACGCCGGGCCGUCACACCCUGAUGACGCGCAGAGACCCAGGAUGACCCCGGCUACCAUCGCUGCCAAGCAUGGAGAGGAGGUUUCUCCAGCAGCGAGUGACCUGGCCAUGGUGCUGACCAGAGGACUGAGUAUGGAGCAACAGAAAAGCAGCAGAGACUCCCUGCAGUACUCCAGUGGCUACAGCACAGAGACCACAACCCCGUCCUGCUCUGAGGACACAAUUCCUUCACAAGGUUCAGAUUAUGACUGCUACUCAGUCAACGGUGAUGCUGAAGGUCCAGAUGGACAGACAGAGUUCGACAAGUCCUCCACCAUUCCCCGCCACUCUAACAUCGCCCAGAACUACCGGCGCAUGAUCCAGACCAAAAGGCCAGCCAGCACAGCCGGUCUACCCAGUGGGGUUCUUGGUCCUGGGGCUCAUGGGAUACCAGGACAAGCUGGUGGAGCUGGUGGAGGUGGAGCAGGCACUCCAGGCACUGCCACCAUCCGGCGAACCCCGUCUACCAAACCGGGUGUGAGGCGCACACUGUCCAACGCGGGGCCUAUACCCAUCCGACCACCCAUUGUGCCUGUCAAGACACCCACUGUUCCCGGAGACUCGUAUUCAGCUGGUGCAGGUGGUGGUGGGUAUGCGGGUGGAGGGCACUCAGGUGGCGUGCCUGUGCGUGUGGGCAGUGAGGAGUGUGUGUUCUUCACUGGAGUCGAGGAUGCACAGGGAGCGCUUGAAUAUGUGAAGGCGUCACCGAAGCGCCUCAGCCUGCCUAACACCGCCUGGGGAUCAGGGGCGGCGUUAGAGGUGUACGCCCAGCAGCACGGCGGUCUUUCAAUGGGCCCAGGGGCCGGAUCAGAGGAGGAUCAGAUGAUUGCUGCCAAUCGGCACAGCCUAGUGGAGAAGAUCGGCGAGUUGGUAGCCAGUGCGCACGCCCUUGGAGAGGGGCAGUUUCCUUUCCCCGCCCUCCCCGAUGACCCGGCCCUGCAGCCAACUGGGCCCACCGACACUCAGACAGGGACAGAGGGGGCAGAAGGGUCCGGUGACAUGCUGACCACCAUCAGGAGAGGAGUCCGCCUUCGCAAGACCGUCUCCAAUGACCGCUCGGCGCCGCGCAUCUUGUGAUUGGAGGAGAAGCAGGAAGAGGAUGAUACUUGUCAGCGAAUAGGGAGUCAGGUGUUGGUGUGGUGCAACCCAACCGCCUAAUACAUACAAAAACCAUGUAGGGAAAGCUAUAAUAUAACAGAAGAUGAAUGAAAACGAAAACAUACACAAAAAAUAAGUUUAAAGACAUCAUUAGAGUAAUGAUAUAUAAUAUAAUAUAAUAUAAUAAUAACAUUAAUAAUGUUAACCCAUGCUGACAAUUAAAAGUUAAAUACUGAAUAUUGACAGGCUCCUAGCCGGCCACUAUAACUAGUGUGUGUUGGACGCAUGUUUGUCUUCUCUACACCUUCACCCAGGGAUGGAAAGACUCAUAGGAAAAACAGAUAAGAUUAGAAAAAGGCAAAGAAAGAGAGAAAGACUGGGUUCUGUUUGCCAACUUAUACCCUUCCCCAUCUUCUCCAACUAACCCAACUGUCUAAUCCCAGAUGACUGAUGACUGAAGGAGGGGCCAGUGGGGGCGAGAGAGAGGGAGGUCAGAGUGCCAUGUGAACAGCUGGAUUUGAACCCAGGCUGUCUCAGCAGCAACAUACUGUACUUAUUUGCCCACUGAACUGAAGCUUUGGUAUUAGCACGGGGAGCUAACAAGCCAGAGGGCUCCUCUGGUUCAUCCUAAUCUAAAAGAGUCUAAAAAAAAUACUGUUGGCAUUGAACCGUGCUAGUGCCCCCUUCCCCUCUCUCUCUCUCUGUAUGAAGUGUGUGCGCCUAUUCAUGUGUAUGCAUGUGGGCAAAUGUGAAUGUGUGUGCACAUGUGAUUGAUUGUGUGUAGUGUGUGUGCGUGCGAGGGGGGUGGGUAGAGCUCUGCUGCAGGACAGCUGGUUACCCAAUGAGGGCAGGGCUUUUCUCCUGUGUGUUGUGCGUGUAUUUUCUUGUUUAUAUCGUGCUGUCAUUUACCUUGUUACCACUGUACGAGAAGUUACGAGAAGUAAUCCAGGCGUACAGAUAUAUUCAUAUAUAUUUUCUAGAACCAGAGAGAAAAUGUUAAAUCAGAAAUGGAGCAAUAAGUGUGUUUUAUUUUCUUGUUUCCAAGAAGAGAAUCGAUGGAGGAUUGUAGGUUCUCCUUUGUCACAUUCAGGCAAUCAUCAGGAAUGCUAAAUUACACAUCGACUGUGAAUUCAUGCCUAGCCGGUUUUGGCGUGUCUCUCUCCCUGCCCCUGUCUCGUUCUGGUGGAGGAAAUGGAUUACAAAAAAUGUUGAAAAAAAAAAAAACUGUAAGCACUUUGAUAGGUGGUAGAGGAUGUACAAUAGCCACUAGGUGUUGCUGUAGUCAUACUGUAUGAUAGGGAGAAUGAAAAUGAGAGAGAUGGUUGCCAAUAAGACUGUGUCCUGAGGAAAUGUUUUAAUUUGUAGAAGAAGAAGACAUAAAGGGACAAAGAGGAAGUGAAAAAGACUUGUGGAAUUGGAGUGAUUGGUCAAAUGAGAGAUGGGAUAAGAAAGUAGAGCUAAAUAUUUAUGUAAAAAUGGAUUGGACGUCAGGGCUCUUCAGGGUUCUACAAGCCAUCACCUGCCGUGGAUUGUGAAUAGUACUGAAGCUUUUUAUGAUGUGGAUCGACUGGUAUCUGAAGGACUGAACACAUAAUGCAAAAAAUACACUGCACAGAUAGGUCAGACUACUUGGAUAUAGGUUUAAAGGGUUGGUUCACCCAAAUGACAAACAAACAUAUGUUCUCACUAGUCAUAAAAAUAGUUUACUUGUAAAGGUUAAGAAAUAUGAGAAUCUGAGAUUUCUGCCUCCACUCCAUAAUAAUGGAGGUGAAUGUAAUUUUGUUUGUGGUGAUCAUAGCGUUAAAAAAUUACAUUUAAAAAUUUCAACAGCUACAUCUACGUCUUCCCAGAGUCAAUGGCUCCAUUUCUUUGGAUCAUCUACAGACCUUGUCUUAAUUAGACUACUUUCUACCGCAAUAAUAGUCUUUAAAAAACAGUUGAAAGCACAUUUGAUAGAUUGUUGAGAGUAACAAGGACACUAUUUCAGAAAAGACGCAUUACUGUUGAACUUUUUAAAUGCAAUUAAUACUGUGAGCACUAUUCACCUCUACUGUAUCGGGUUGGAGGCAGAAAUCUCAGAAACUGGACAAAUAAAACCAAAACUAUCAACAUGCCUAGAUAUUGUAGAGACACAUGUAGAAAAUAUGUUUAUUUGUAAUUUGGGUUCAAUGACAGUCAAACAUACAUCAACAAUGGACUUGAAAUUUAUUUGCACAUGCAGAUUAUGUUCAUUGGAUAUAUGCUUGAGUGGCAUGAAUGUACUCUGGAGAUUUCAACAUUGAAUGCUGUAUUUCCAAUACUGUAUAUUACAAAGUAAUCUUCACUCAUGUUCAAGUGCAAAUACAUAUCAGCACACCAGCUUAUCUGCAAAUAUAUUCUUACCUAUAAAUACUGUAUAUUUGUGCAUUAUGGGAAAGCAAAGUGAAGUCUUGAACAUAGCUGAACAACAGUUUUUUGCCCCAGAUUCGCUCUAGUUAAAACCUUCCUCCUUUACAAAAUUAACUACAACAAUCUUGUGUUCCAUUUAAAAGGAUACCAUACAAAAAAAAAACAUAGUAAAAAGGAUUAAAGUUGCAAUAAUGUUACCAUAGGAGGCAAAAAAUUAUGAAAAACAUGGAGAGAACACGUACAGUUGGUUGCUAGUGUUGGGCAGCAACGCAUUGAAGUGAUUACUUUUUUCAGUAAAGAGUAACAGAUUACAAUCUGAAAUUUAGUAAUUACAUGACAGUUACUAAUCGAAAAUUUGAGAGUCAACUUAUUUGCUGUCUUACGGAGGACAGACUGCAGCUGCAGUUGAGAGGUGUAGCCUCUACAAAAAGAGGAGAAAUAAAUGCGCCUUUCAGUAACAAAGUUGUCUUAUUUACAUGUUGUGUCUUCUUAGCUACCAUCCAGCAGCUGGUAGCUUUGCCUUUGUCCGAGCCUCCAGUUGAGGAUAAGACUUCUUUUGAGUGCAGCGUGCGGUCAGUCACUCAGGCUAAGCUAACGUUAGCUGUUGAUGGUCUUGUUUUCUGGUCCGGCGUGUUAAAUACAGAAGAUGUGACAUGCUGUAAGAUAAUGAGUAAUGAAACUAACUACUUUUGCUGUUGAGUAAUGUGUAAUGAGUAAUUGAUUACAUUUUUUAACUAACUUGCCCAACACUGGUUACUAAUGAGCGGUGUCACCUGAAAUGUAAGCAUUUAUUCAGUCACAGAAAAUAAACGCAGUUCCCCUGAUCAGGUUCUUUCAUUGAUUGUUGUGUGAACACAAAAUUGCUGUCUAAACUAAAAUAUGCACCAGGCUACCCCAGUAUGGUUUGGCUCAGUUCAGUACAAAUAUCCCAGUUCAGCUCAGGAGGCUCAGGAUUAUUUAUGGACAUUAUGAUGUGCGCAAAGGUGAAGCCUGUUUGAUGCGCUCGCUGGUGGCAAAGAAGCAGGAGGGUUUCAAUUUUUUAAGCUGACAGAAAGAGGAAAAUAUGUGUGGAAUGAGCAUUUCACUGCCUGUUCAUACAAUAUGUACUCUAUGUGCUGUACUUGUAAAUGAGAAUCAGGCGCACAGAUUUGGUACAAAGGUUUGUUAGAAAAUAUUACAUGGACUAUUCAGUUUUAUUAUUUUUUCAUUCUGCAGUACUGUUUGAAUAUUUAGUCUUACUUUUAAUUAAUGUAAAAAGAAGAAAAAACUCCCGUUUCAACACAAACUACUAAGCUGUGUAUCAUAUGGAUGUAGGAUGUGUGGGCCGCGAGUGAGUGUGUGCUUGUUUGGCUGUUGAACUGUAGACUAGUGAACUCUUCAUCAACAUGUCUGUAUGCUCUUCUAGCAGUGACCUUAACAUAGCCGGUAACAUCAGCGCUCUCACAUGCUCUUUUUCUCGAUAUAUUUCUUUUUUUUCCUCUUGAAUAGAGCACUGUCACCCUCGGCCAGCACACUUUUUUUUUUUUUUUUUUUGAACUUUGAAACAGUGCUUCAACAAGGGGAGUGAUUAUUUUUUUUAUUUUUUUUGUCUGGGGGAAACUACUGUAUGUGUGUUGUCACAUGUGGAUGCUGUGUGUUGUAUCAGCUGAAUCUGACUGGGUGAGAGGGUGGAAGGGGAGAGCAGCGGGCUUGGACUCCAUCCCCCCCCCCCCAAAAAAAAACACAUUUUGGGUGAGAAAAUGUUCAUCUGAAGUGUUUGUGUAAGACCGCCUGUCGAGGUCACACUGUACAUGAAUAUACGUACGUAUGCCGAAUGUACUGCAAAGUGAAGGGGAUCAUCGAACUGUACUUGCUUGAACUAUUGCAAUGUCAGAACUUUGUUCUUGUACAACUGAAUGAAGUUUCCAGUUUAAACAGUUGGAAAGCAAUACAGAGAUAGCGUGCGUGUACGUACAUUCACAAUAAUGUUCCAGUGUGGGUAUGUUAAAGGAAAAUACCACUGUUUUGUCAUCUCUAGGAUACUUGUGUUCCCCAUCUAAACUCUGUUCCACAUUGCAUGGCUCUGAUGUAUGAUUUGGAGUUUAGAGACUAUACAUCCAAGGACACUGCUAGAGCCGAUUCCACUAGUCUGAAUGUGCUGUAUGUUUAUUAAUUCUAGUGCAAACUGAAACUGAAACACUGCCAGUUAUCUACAGUAGGUUACUGCUUGACUGAAAGGUUUAUAAUGCCCUGCAGCAGAGACACGCUGUUUAAUUCCAAAUGAUGGAUAACAACUCAGGACAAGACAAGGAUGCUAAAAUUGUAGGGUUUUCACAUUGAAUGAGAUCAAGACAGUCAAAUCAAACUGCACACACCCUGUCAUGCAACAGGAUGUAUAUAGGCUAUAGGAUGAGUGUGAGAUGAGAGUAAGAUACAACACUGCUAUUUUCCUUUAAAAUGCCCAGUUAACAGCACAAAAAGUUAUCUAACUAAACAAUAAUGUCUUUUUUUUUAACAUGCUGAAUUAACUGUGUAGUGAACUAACUGUCUGAACAAGCUGAAAUAACUACUCUGCUACAUAUGUGUCAAUAUGCCCAUGAGUGUAUGUGUAUGUGGGUAGAAGUAGGCCUACCGGCACGUGGGCACAGCAGGAGCUACAAUAAAAGCAGGACAUUCUGUAGGAACAUACAUAGACACAUAGCCAGAUUUUCAUGCGUGCAGGCAUGCGUGCGUACACAAAAACACACAUACACAUCAUAGGAUACACACACAAAAUAUUCCAUUCUUCCUCAACUGAGAAAACUACACAUUCCUAACUACAGCAUGUCCAAAAGUAACCAGCACUGUAAAAAGUAACAUUUUAAAAUUUCUUUUGUAAUUUGAUCAAGUUAAAAGGUUGAAAAUAUCCCAUCUGAACUUUCAGUGACAUUACUACAUUUUAAUUUCUUUUGCUAUUAGCUGUCUUAUUGCUUAGCGCGUGAACUAGACAACAUCUAGAAUAAUACAAAAAUGGAACAUGGUACAUUUCUUUCAUGUUACAGGUAGUUACAUACAGCAUGCAUACUUGAUUAAAAGUUGAAAAAAUGAUUUCAAAAAAUACUGUGUUUCUAUACAUACAGCUAGCCCGACAGACUACAGCGCUGUUGAGUAUUAGGUAUGUACCUAUGACUAAUAUGAGCUUAUAUAGACUGUCAGAUGUUAAAGGAAUUGUUUGCCAUUUGGGGAAAUACUCUUAUUCGCUUUCUUGCUGAGAGUUAGAUGAGAAGAUUGAUACCACUCUCAUGUCUGUAUGAUUAUUAUGAAGCUACAGCUAUUAGUUCACUAAUUAACAAUCUAUAUCUUGUUUGUUUACUUCACACAAAAACCAAAGUGUAAAAUUGACAAGUUGUUGUGGUUUUAUGGCGGGUAAUGUGCUGGAUUAUUUCUCAGCCAGGCACAGUGAGAAAACGAAUAACCCCAAAAUGUUGCGCUAUUCCUUUAACGUUUAAAGAAAACUUGGCGAUUAGUUUUUUCAGAUGGUGUGACCACAGUAGGAUUGAGACGUAGUCUAAGAAAGCCUGGAGGUGUACAAAAACUGCCAAUUAAACAACUAUGGAAUUAGUGUUUCCAGUAUGGAUAAAGCAAAAGAAAACUGAAUUUACAUAUUCCUCUGAUCCCAGACUUUUUUACACUUAUGUAUCCCUCUCUUCUUUUUCCUCUCUUUAUCUUCCUCUUUUCUUACGACGCCCCUCAGCCUCCAUCCACUGCUCGGCACAGUACACCCAGGGAUGCCUGUCUAUCUGACGGGUUAGAAAACAACACUUGUCACGAUAAGAGUCCCACCGGCUGUUACGGUCUCUUUGUGCCUCGCAGCCAAUCAAAGCUAAUGAAAACUAAUUCCGAAGAAGUCUUUAUUUUCACCACAGUCCACAGUGAAUAUGAGCUCAGCUUUGUUUCUCUCUGCCCGUCUCCCCUUCACUCUCCUCCCUCCCCUCUCUCCAUGUGUGUCUGUAUACUGUAUGAUGGUGUGCAUGUGGGUGCACGGUUCAAAUGUGGGUGUGUUUGGUAAUGGCUAACGGGUGGUAUCAUUAUAGGUCCUGGGUGUGUUGUUCAAAGAAGGGCUGGAAGCAUUAGCUAGGCUAAACCUCUCCCUGCUGUACCCAGUAACAUGAGCUGGUUUCAAGGCAAGCAGCUGGAUGUCUGACACAUCUCAGUGCUAGAUUACAUUUUAAUACAUUUUGAUCAGGUUUUUUAAGACAUCUUUUUGGCAUCAUCUCCCAGGCAGCUUAUAUUACUCUGAUGCUUUCUCGGUGAACCUCUGUCAAAGAAACCUACAAGAUGCAAGUACGAGCAGUAAUUCAACAUGCAGUGGGCCUUUUUACCCACAUUGCCAGCACAAGAAAUCUGCUAGUGUGCAAAGCACAUGGUUGGUAAGACUACCAAAACACUGUAUCUUAAUCAAUAAAGAGUAUUAGUACGAAAAUGGCCAAAGUAAAAAUCCACUCAAAGGGAGACUAGGCAACUUUUGUGGAACAGCUGCCACUGUGGCCACAAGUGAUAAUUACAGUAUAAUGGUAAAUGCUAAAAUGUAAUGCAACAUUAUCGCAAGAAGAGACAAGUUUAAAGUUAAAAAACUGACUCAGUAAUGUCAGUAACUAACAUUAGCUAACACUAGCUGCAAUUAGUUACUGGUAAAACCAGACCAAGCAAGGCAAAACCCCUGAGUGUACUGAACUGAGCAACAGUUCGUUUUAUCUGCCAUGAAUUUAACUUUUCAUUUGUAAGAGGAAAAAUAUGUUAUUUCUUCUUUCAAAAGUUACAUAGCCUUACUUUAAGUAGAAGUUAAAAACAAGACCAUAGUUUCAAAUGUCAUAAUUCCAAAAGUACAUUACCAAAUCACUUUAUAAAUCAAAGUUUUUAACAGAGGAAGUAUUGUCAAAGAGCCUUAGGCUCCAAAUACAAUAGGCCAGUAAAAAAACUCAUUGCUGCAUCAGUAAUCAACUAUUCUUCAAUCAGCUGACCUACUUUUUACUUUUAACGAAGUGCAUUUUUGCACAAGUACUAUACUUCUACUUAAGUAAAAUUUCUUUAAGGUAACAGUACUUUUACUUGAGUAUAAUAUUGUAGUACUCUUUCCAUCCCUGAUUAAAAGUAGAGUAAAACAGCCGCUCAGGCUGCCUGUUGUUAGAUAUAAAACAUUAAUCAUGGCCACCAUCUCUCAGCCAGUAAACUUGUUGACCGUCUGCACUUCAGCUGAGUUUCCCUGGUUACUCAGAUUUAUAGGAAAUUUGCAGCCUUCCACUGUGAGCAUUUGCUGGCAGCAUGAACACGCCGUUAGAAAUCUAUGCGGCAAUAUUGUGGACAACAGCCUUAUUGGUGGUGUGGAAUGCUUCUCCAUACCUUUGGUUCCCUUCAAAUAUGUAUACACUGGAAACUUACUGUAAGUCCUAAAUAACAUAAAUGUCACCCAUGUUAAAUAAUUGAAAUGAUCGUGUAAGUUCUUUAUCUAACUGAUACAAAUAAGAAAGACCCUGUGCUGGCAAUUGAAGGACAGACUGUGUUGUAUUUAUGAUCAGACCAAAAGAAGUAUUGUGUAUUUGCUGUAUGCACAACCCACUCCUUUAGCCAUCUGCCCAGGUUAUAUUGAAUGUGUACUUUAUGUAUGUGUGCAUGAGUGUGUGCAUGAGUGUGUGUGUAUGUGUGUUGCACAAGGACACGUGGUUAAGACCCCUACUGUUCCUCCCUCCCACCUCCCACACACAAUCUGUCAAUCCUUCCUGCUGUCUAAUACUGAAGAAACCCACUACACAUUCACACAAACACAGUUAGACGCACUCUUCUGAAGCAAACAUGACUACGGUAGAUUCUCAGAAGCUAUAUGAUGGUCCGCUGAAGUCCUCCAAGGGAUCAUGAUGAAACAUGUUGCAACUUCCUGUCAUACAGCCAUGCAGAACAGAGUGGCCAAAGUGGCCUCCUGGUGCCACUGUAACUAAACUGAAUGUCUUACUGUCAAUACUCCCGUUCUCAAUAGUGUCUCUCGCUCGCUCUCUUUCUCUUCUUCCUUUAAAACCUCCAUAUGAACUCUACAACGAAAUCUCUCCACAACUCACCGUUGAGGCAUUGAUAUCCAUAUCUAUGGGGCUAUUUUGUUCUAUGGAUAACAUGACAGAGUCAACAUCUGCUUUGUCUUUCUGUACAAACCAAUCAUUUGCUCCUCUCUUCCCUCCCGAGUAGCCCUGCAGGCACUGUGGUCUUGUCUUUCUCUCUUCUUUCUGUCUCCUCUUCGGCUCUUCUUCUUUAAUUUAUUGUGAAUUGAUUUCUAAGGUUGUUUCGCCACUGUCGCUGAUGAUAAGGUUUUCUUUUGUCUUCCUUUUUGUAAAAUUGACCCUUUUUUGUUAACUUUAGUCACUGCUAAUGUAACAAAACGCACUGUGAUGAUUCCAGUAUUAAUAAAAGUUGUACUUAAACUGUG